CAAUUCAGAGGAGAGAUUCAAGGGCCAUGGAUGCACGCAAAUUGCGUGAUCCGGGCAUCACACAAAAGCACACGGCUUGGUUCUUCAAGAACUGAUCCUCCAUUGGCGCUCCAACCUCCCGAGGAGCGCUGCGAUCCAAGCCGCCAUGGCCGCCGAGCUCCCGCUGUACUACCUGCUGCUGCUCCUGCUCGCCGCCCCCCUCUACUUCCUCGUAGCCACCAAGCGCCGGAUGCCACGCGGGGGCGCGCGGCUCCGGCUCCCGCCGGGCCCGUGGGCGCUCCCCGUCAUCGGCCACCUCCACCUCCUAGCCCGGGGCCUCCCGCACCGCGUGAUGCGCGACCUGGCGCGGCGCCACGGCCCGCUCAUGCUGCUCCGGUUCGGCGAGGUCCCCGUCGUGGUGGCGUCCUCCCCGGCGGCGGCGCGCGAGGUCAUGCGGACCCACGACGCGGCGUUCGCGUCGCGGCCCAUGGGCCCCAUGUCGCGCCUCUGGUUCCAGGGCGCCGAGGGCAUCCUCUUCGCGCCCUACGGCGACGACUGGCGCCAGCUCCGGCGCGUGUGCACCCAGGAGCUCCUUAGCGCCCGCCGCGUCCAGUCCUUCCGCCCCGUGCGCGAGGACGAGCUCCGCCGCCUCCUCCGCUCCGUCGCCUCCGCCGCGGCGACGGGGCCGGUGAACCUCACCGAGCUGAUCGCCACCUACAUCGCCGACUCCACGGUGCGCGCCAUCAUCGGCAGCCGCCGGCUCAAGGACCGAGACGCCUACCUCCGGAUGCUCAGGGGCCUCUUCGGCAUCAUGCCCGGGAUGAGCCUGCCGGACCUCUUCCCGUCCUCGCGCCUCGCCAUGCUCGUCAGCCGCGCCCCCGCCCGGAUCCAGGCCUACCGCCGCAGCAUGCGCCAGAUCAUGGACGGCAUCAUCCAGGAGCACCGGGACAGGGCCGCCGGCGCCGAGGAAGACGAGGAGGACUUCGUCGACGUGCUCCUCCGGCUCCAGAAGGAAGUGGACUCCCAGUUCCCGCUCACCACCGAGAACAUCAAAACCGUCAUGCUGGUAGUAACGCACAAAUCAAAACCCCCAUCGUCGAUUGAAACCUCGACGCCGGCCGCCGUUGAUCGCCAUCCCAACUCCCUGCUUCCUCCACAGGACAUAUUCGGCGCGAGCACGGAGACGUCGGCGACGACGCUGGACUGGGCGAUGGCCGAGCUCCUCCGGAACCCGGGAGCCAUGGAGAAGGCCCAGCGCGAGGUCCGUGAAGCGCUCGCCGACGCCGGCCACAGCGCGGUGACGGAGGACGGCCUGGCCAACCUGCACUACCUGCGGUUCGUCAUCAAGGAGACGCUCCGGCUGCACCCGCCUGCGACGAUGCUGGUGCCGCGGCAGUGCCAGAGCCCGUGCCGGGUGCUCGGGUUCGACGUGCCGGCGGGCAUGACGGUGAUCGUGAACGCGUGGGCGGUCGGCCGGGACCCGGCGCACUGGGACGAGCCCGAGAGGUUCGCGCCGGAGAGAUUCGAGCGGAGCGCCAAGGACUUCAGGGGCGCGGACUUCGAGUUCAUACCCUUCGGCGCCGGGCGGCGAAUCUGCCCCGGCAUGACCUUCGGGCUGGCUCACAUCGAGCUGGCGCUCGCGGCGCUGCUGUUCCACUUCGACUGGGCCUUGCCGGGCGGGCUGCCGGCCGGGGAGCUGGACAUGACCGAGGCGUUUGGGAUCGCAACGCCGCGGCGUCAUGACCUCCUGGUUGUUGCUGCACCUCGUUCGUCCCUAUAGUUACGUACUAGACAUGCUCCAAAAUGGAAAAAGGGUCUGGUUUAAGUUCUGAUUCUGAUGAAAAUUUCAACGAGAUUAGGGUUAGAUCAUCAUACUACUACCAUUCUCAAACAUAUUUAUGUCCAUGUGGACAUCGACAUUACUGGUGAAAAUUAGGACGAGAUAACGCAGA